AUGAAGAUCAACAUUGCGAAUCCAGUCACUGGACGUGUCAAGAAAUUUGACUUUGAAGAAGAGAAACAAUUCAGAGGGUUCCUCGACAAGAGAAUUGGACAAGAGGUUGACGCUUCAGGGUUAGGCGAUGAGUUCAAGGGAUACAUCUUGAAGGUCACUGGUGGGUCUGACAAGGACGGAUUCCCAAUGAUGACUGGUGUUGCGACUAACAAUAGAGUUCGACUUCUUUUGGACGGAACUACUGGAUGCUACAAGCCCCUUCGUAAAGGUGAUAGAAAGAGAAAGACUGUCAGAGGUGACAUCAUUGCUCAAGACAUUGCUGUAGUCAACACUGUUCUUAUUAAGAAAGGAGACGCCGAAUUAGACGGAGUUACCAAUAACCCACUCCCACUCAGAUUUGGACCAAAGAGAGCUUCGAACAUCAGAAAGCUUUUCAACUUGUCGAAAGAGGAAGAUGUCAGAAAGUUUGUCAUUCGAAGAGAUGUCGUCAAAAAGCAUCCAAAGGAAGGAAAGAGUAAAAUCAGAUCAAAGGCUCCAAAGAUCCAAAGACUCGUUACACCACAAAGAAUUCAAAGAAAGGCUAGGAUGUUGAGAUUAAAGGCCGAACACAGAAGACUCAUGAGCGCCGAGAAAAAGAGAUACAACGCUAUCUUGAAGAGAUAUACUUUGUUGAAGGCUCAUGGCGUUAAGGUCGUUUCCUUCGCUGAUACCGAAAAGGUGUUCACUCAGAACAAACCAGGAUCCGCUAAGCCAAAAGUCGAGAAGAAGACUGCUGACAAGAAAGCCACCAAGAAAGUCGGGAAGAAAACUGGGAAGAAAUAA